UUGCACCCGUAUUACUUGCAAUGGCUUUCUUACAACCAGUUGGGGAAAUGAUUCCCAAAUUCAUAUUUCUACUGAGAAAAGUACAUCGAGGCUGCUUGAUGGGGACUGUGGAUCUGAAAUCCAGCAACCGAAGCCCAGUGGUGCAGGAAUUCGAAAGUGUGGAACUGUCUUGUAUUAUUACGGAUUCACAGACACAUGACCCACGGAUUGAAUGGAAAAAAAUUCAAGAUGAACAAACAACAUAUGUGUUUUUUGACAACAAAAUUCAGGGAGACUUGGCAGGCCGUGCAGAAUUGUUGGGGAAAACGUCCCUGAGGAUUUGGAACGCGACACGGAAAGACUCGGCCCUUUAUCGCUGUGAGGUCGUUGCUCGAAAUGACCCCAAGGAAAUUGAUGAGAUUGUCAUUGAGCUAACUGUGCAAGUGAAGCCAGUAACCCCCAUCUGCAGAGUCCCGAAAGCAGUGCCGGUGGGCAAGUCGGCCACGCUGCACUGCCAGGAGAGCGAGGGCUCCCCCCGGCCUCACUACAUCUGGUAUCGCAACAACAUGCCUUUGCCCACAGACUCCAGAGCCAACCCCAGAUUCCGAAAUUCCUCUUUCCUCCUAAACUAUGAAACAGGCACUCUGGUUUUCCAUGCUGUUCACAAAGAAGAUUCUGGGCAGUAUUACUGCAUUGCUUCCAAUGAUGCAGGCUCAGCCAGGUGUGAGGAACAGGAGAUGGAAGUCUAUGACCUGAACAUUGGUGGAAUUAUUGGAGGGGUCCUGGUUGUCCUUGCAGUACUGGCCCUGAUAACAGUGGGGAUCUGCUGUGCAUACAGACGCGGUUACUUCAUCAACAACAAACAGGAUGGAGAAAGCUCUAAGAGCCCAGGGAAGCCUGAUGGUGUUAACUGCAUCAGGACCAACGAUGAGGGUGAUUUCCGACACAAGUCAUCAUUUGUGAUCUAAAAUCUGCCUUUACGGCGAAGAGAGCACCUGCAAAUACCUCUCCAUAGAAACUCCGAUGAAGAGCAACCUGUGAGCAAAGUGCACUUGCAAAGAGCUAGACACUCGGGCACAAGCUUCUUCUUUCUUGGCCAAAGUUGACCGCUUCUCUCUUUUUUUUAAAAAAAGCCACGCGAAUAAAAGGGUUUUCCUCAAGAUGGGCUUAAUAAUCACAAGGAAAAGAGCCAAAUUCGUUCACCGAGUUUGAUUCCCAGUCUGCUUCUGGUCUGAUGCCCACGUUUCAGGGUGACUUGAACUUGACGUGCUCACAUACAUGCAUUUCCGGUUAGGGGCGCUGAGGAUGUGAGGCCUGUUUGCCACGCGUUGUUCAGCACCUAGUAUGAGAACCGCAUGGGGGCACGGCACCAGCAGCGGGAACCGGAGGGCCAGCAGGAAACACAACCCAGACGCUUAUGUAGCUGACUGGUUUUAGACCACCGCACGAUUUGUUAAAACAUGUUGUCAUCAGUGUGUUGUGUCUAUCUUGGAGAAUCUUUUUUGGACCAGCAUUUUGUAAAAACGACCAAUCAAAAGGUAGCUUGCUUGCUGGAAAGGGGUCUUCUUACCCAUGACGGGUUUCAAUAUAAGGAAAGCCUUCACCUUAAGCUAAAUCUGGAAUGGUACCGAAAUUAUGUUUUGCUUUUUUAUGCGUCUUGUUUUAUAAAAUUUUACAUUCUAAAUUUUUGCUAAAGAUGUAUUUUGAUUACUGAAAAGAAAAUUUCUAUUUAAACUGUAAAUAUGUUGUCAUGCAAUGUUAAAUAACCUAUUUUUUUACCAAAAAAAUGUUUAACUGGGCAGGAGUUCCAAGCUACUAGUUAUAUUGGAAAAUAUCUCAGAAUUAGAAUAUUUACCGAAGCAAGCCUCUAGAGGAGGCUUACUGGGACAUUCCUUUUCCCACCUAAGUUUUAGCAUUUUUCACAAGAGGACUUGGGACAUGUAUGUAUCAGACCAUUGCUGCUCAGGAAACCUUAAGUUCCAGUGGAGCAAUGGUGAAAUCUGUCCAUCUCUUCAAAUGAAAGAGCUCUCAGGUUAGCUUUGAACUGCCUCUUCUUUGGAUUACUAAAAUUACCUUUGCCCAAAGACCACCCAGCAGCUCUUAGACAUGUGUCCAAACCACUUUAGGCAACUCCUGAAAUUGAGCCACACACCACUCCUCUGUAGGGGCGAUGGCUACUUACCUCCAAGUGUGUCCACUUCUCUCUUAAGAGCUGUGACUACGGCUCUGUCCCCUGGUCAGCUAAUUCUCUGGUUUCCUGUAGCAUGUGCCACUUCGUUCCUUCCAGGACAGUUCUAAGGUGGGUACCUGGGGAGAGCUGGGUCGUUUCCUGGUGGGCAGCCCAGCCUUUGGGUUCCCAGAUGCCAACCUUUGGGUUGUGAAUGGCUCACAAAACAAAGCAACUACUGUUCUGUUUUUCAAAUUCACCUUAGUGUGUGAGUGUUGUUAAGACUGAACAGGCCACAGGUAGUUUUGAAUUCGAAUCUGUCAACUGCGAUGCUGUUGUUUUGUUUUGUUUUUAAUUUUAAAAGGAUAUGAAUUUCCCGGUUUUUCUCUGCCUUGAAGAAAAGCACUCCGACACCCCGUGCUCUCCUUACAGUAAACUGUUAGGUGGUGACAGCCAGUCUAGCUUUGUGAAGAUGAUCGUGCGGCCCAGGGUACAAAAAGCCUGAUGGUGAAAUAAGUAAAAUGCCCGAAUCAAAAGCAGUUUUUAAAUGAUUUAAUUUUUUUUACCUGCCUCAGACACUGCUCACUUUGUGGUGGAGAGUAGAAACAUCAUUCAGAGUUCUUUAAGAGUGGAUGUUCUGAGAGUCAAACACAUUGCCCUGUUAGGCUGAUGAUGCGGUAAGGUUUGGAGCAAGGAGCUUCUCAGAGGGGGCACCCCAUUCCGUUGUGUACUUAAAGGGUGGUUUUUAUGUAUAAGUACAUACUCAUCUUGUGAUUAAACUUUCUGUCUUGAUUUGUAAUGCUUUGACAGUUUUUAAAAAUUGAAUACUUAAGGCUCACGUUAGCUUUUCUAAGUUACCUGAAAUGUGUGGCCAGGGGAUGUCUGGCAGAAGCAGGGGCAGCUCUUUAGUGACUGCUUUAAUGGUACCUACCUUUUGCAUUUGAAUGCAGUGUUGACUGUCCUUUCACCCUGACUUCCUCUUGGUAGAAAGGGAUGCACCCCCUUUUCUUUGGUGGGGAAUCUUACUCUUGGUUGUCAUGGUGACAGGGUCACCUUAUUGCCUCCCUUCUAAUGCCCUAAAGCCUUGUCUACCCUCGUGCCACGUGUGGCUGGGUCUGAAAAAGCAGACAGACGGAAAGGAUGGAGUCUUAGAAAUAGUUGCCUAUUACUGUAAAAGUGUAGACAGAAAAGGUAACCUGUAUUUUGAAGAAUGUGACUAAUGAUUCAGAGGCCUGUACAAGGCUAUUUAUUCUGGCCUUUGGUAUGGCUGUUGCUGUACAUAGAUGUUACAAACAUGUAGUAACAUAACACACGUAUAACUUGGUUUUUGUUAAACCCAUUUAUAAAAGCUUAAAAAAAAUCAA